AUGGAAUCGAUGCAGCACCUGCCUACAAUCAAUCUAUAUCGAGAUGAAAGGACGGAACAAAAGCCUGAAUCUACAGAGUUGGUAGAUACAAAGCUGAUCGCUAUCUAUAUCAAGGUCGCCAAUCAACAAGCCGAGCCACAAUCAAGUGUAGUUGAAAUAUUUGAUAGAAAGUUUGCAAAGAGAAAGAGAGAGGAGGUGGUGUCUCCAACGAAAAUCAUUCAUGCAGCUAGAACUAGUUCAUACUCUACUUAUUACACAAGCCCACGAGGUAGGAUUAGCGCACAGAUAUCCGCCCCUCCAAUAUUAUUAUUGACGACGACAAUCAUCCCAUUCUCAUCAGUCGAUUUAGACUCCAAGGUCGACUCUGUACACCGCAUCGUCACAGGUGAUACAAUCUCUUUGCAACAAAGUGCAACAUGUCUCUACGAGAAUUGA